UCUCCCGCUUUCCAUCACCCCUCCCCAUUCUCCGGCUUUCCAUCACCCCGCCCCAUUCUCCCGUUUUCCAUCACCCCGCCCCAUUCUCCCGCUUUCCAUCACCCCGCCCCAUUCUCCCGCUUUCCAUCACCUCGCCCCAUUCUCCCGCUUUCCAUCACCCCGCCCAAUUCUCCCGCUUUCCAUCACCCCGCCCCAUUCUCCCGCUUUCCAUCACCCCGCCCCAUUCUCCUCCUUUCCAUCACCCUGCCCCAUUCUCCCGCUUUCCAUCACCCCGCCCCAUUCUCCCGCUUUCCAUCACCCCGCCCCCUUCUCCCGCUUUCCAUCACCCCGCCCCAUUCUCCCGCUUUCCAUCACCCCCGCCCCAGUUUCCCGCUUUCCAUCACCCCGCCCCAUUCUCCCUCCUUCCAUCACCCCGCGCCAUUCUCCCGCUUUCCAUCACCCCGCCCCGUUGUCCCGCAUUCCAUCACCCCGCCCCAUUCUCCCUCCUUCCAUCACCCCCCCCCCAUUCUCCCGCUUUCCAUCACCCCGCCCCAUUCUCCCGCUGUGCAUCACCCCGCCCCAUUCUCUCGCUUUCCAUCACCCCGCCCCAUUCUCCCGCUUUCCAUCACCCCGCCCCAUUCUCCCGCUUUCCAUCACCCCGCCCCAUUCUCCCUCCUUCCAUCACCCCGCCCCAGUCUCCCGCUUUCCAUCUCCCCGCCUCAUUCUCCCGCUUUCCAUCUCCCCGCCCCAUUCUCCUCCUUUCCAUCACCCCGCCCCAUUCUCCCGCUUUCCAUCACCCCGCCCCAUUCUCCCGCUUUCCAUCACCAAGCCCCCUUCUCCCGCUUUCCAUCACCCCGCCCCAUUCUCCCGCUUUCCAUCACCCCGCCCCAGUUUCCCGCUUUCCAUCACCCCGCCCCAUUCUCCCUCCUUCCAUCACCCCGCGCCAUUCUCCCGCUUUCCAUCACCCCGCCCCAUUCUCCCACUGUGCAUCACCCCGCCCCAUUCUCCUCCUUUCCAUCAACCCGCCCCAUUCUCCCGCAUUCCAUCACCCCGCCCCAUUCUCCCGCUUUCCAUCACCCCGCCCCCUUCUCCCGCUUUCCAUCACCCCGCCCCAUUCUCCCGCUUUCCAUCACCCCGCCCCAGUUUCCCGCUUUCCAUCACCCCGCCCCAUUCUCCCUCCUUCCAUCACCCCGCGCCAUUCUCCCGCUUUCCAUCACCCCGCCCCGUUGUCCCGCAUUCCAUCACCCCGCCCCAUUCUCCCUCCUUCCAUCACCCCGCCCCAUUCUCCCGCUUUCCAUCACCCCGCCCCAUUCUCCCGCUGUGCAUCACCCCGCCCCAUUCUCUCGCUUUCCAUCACCCCGCCCCAUUCUCCCGCUUUCCAUCACCCCGCCCCAUUCUCCCGCUUUCCAUCACCCCGCCCCAUUCUCCCGCUUUUCAUCACCCCGCCCCAUUCUCCCGCUUUCUAUCACCCCACCCCAUUCUCCCGCUUUCCAUCACCCCGCCCCAUUCUCCCUCCUUCCAUCACCCCGCCCCAUUCUCCCUCCUUCCAUCACCCCGCCCCACUCUCCCGCUUUCCAUCACCCCGCCCCAUUCUCUCGCUUUCCAUCACCCCGCCCCAUUCUCCCGCUUUCCAUCACCCCGCCCCAUUCUCCCGCUUUCCAUCACCCCGCCCCAUUCUCCCGCUUUCCAUCACCCCGCCCCCUUCUCCCGCUUUCCAUCACCCAGCCCCAUUCUCCCGCUUUCCAUCACCCCGCCCCAUUCUCCCGCUUUCCAUCACCCCGCCCCAUUCUCCCUCCUUCCAUCACCCCGACCCAUUCUUCCUCCUUCCAUCACCUCGCCCCAUUCUCCCACUUUUCAUCACCCCGCCCCAUUCUCCCGCUUUCCAUCACCCCGUCCCAUUCUCCCGCAUUCCAUCACCCUGCCCUAUUCUCCCGCUUUCCAUCACCCCGCCCCAUUCUCCCUCCUUCUACCAUCCCGCCUCAUUCUCCCGCCUUCCAUCACUCCGCCCCAUUCUCCCGCCUUCCAUCACCCCCGCCCCAUUCUCCUGCUUUCCAUCACCCCGCCCCAUUCUCCCGCUUUCCAUCACCCCGCCCCAUUCUCCCGCUUUCCAUCACCCCGCCCCAUUCUCCCGCUUUCCAUCACCCAGCCCCAUUCUCCCGCUUUCCAUCGCCCCGCCCCAAUCUCCCGCUUUCCAUCACCCCGCCCCAUUCUCCCUCUUUCCUUCACCCCGCCCCAUUCUGCCUCUUCCCCUCGCCCCGCCCCAUUCUCCCUCUUUCCAUCACCCCGCCUCAUUCUCCCUCAUUUCAUCGCCCCGCCCCAUUCUCCCGCUUUCCAUCGCCCCGCCCCAUUCUCCCUCUUUCCUCCACCCAGCCCCACCUCUUUCCAUCACCCAGCCCCUCCAUCACCCAGCCCCAGUCUCCCUCUUUCCAUCAUCCCACCCCAUUCUCCCUCUUUCCAUCACCCGCCCCAUUCUCCCGCUUUCCAUCACCCCGCCUCAUUCUCCCUCUUUCCAUCGCCCCGUCCCAUUCUCCCUCUUUCCAUCGCCCCGCCCCAUUCUCCUGCUUUCCAUCUCCCCGCCCCAUUCUCCCGCUUCCCAUCACCCCGCCCCAUUCUCCCACUUUCCAUCACCCCGCCCUAUUUUCCCUCUUUCCAUCACCCCGCCCCAUUCUGCCUCUUCCCAUCGCCCCGCCCCAUUCUCCCUCUUUCCAUCACCCCGCCCCAUUCUCCCGUUUUCUAUCACCCCGCCUCAUUCUCCCUCUUUUCGUAGCCCCGCCCCAUUCUCCCGCUUUCCAUCGCCCCGCCCCAUUCUCCCUCUUUCCACCACCCAGCCCCACCUCUUUCCAUCACCCAGCCCCUCUAUCACCCAGCCCCAUUCUCCCUCUUUCCAUCACCCCGCCCCAUUCUCCCUCUUUCCAUCACCCCGCCCCAUUCUCCCGCUUUCCAUCACCCCGCCCCAUUCUCCCGAUUUCCAUCACCCCGCCUCAUUCUCCCUCCUUCCAUCACCCCGCCCCAUUCUCCCUCUUUCCAUCGCCCCGCCCCAUUCUCCUGCUUUCCAUCUCCCCGCCCCAUUCUCCCUCUUUCCAUCACCCCGCCCCAUUCUCCCUCCAUCCAUCAGCCCGCCCCAUUCUCCCUCUUUCCAUCACCCUGCCCCAUUCUCCCGCUUUCCAUCACCCCGCCCCAUUCUCCCGCUUUCCGUCGCCCCGCCCUAUUCUCCCGCUUUCCAUCGCCCCGCCCCAAUCUCCCGCUUUCCAUCAACCCGCCCCAUUCUCCCUCUUUCCAUCACCCCGCCCCAUUCUGCCUCUUCCCAUCGCCCCGCCCCAUUCUCCCUCUUUCAAUCACCCCGCCCCAUUCUCCCGCUUUCCAUCACCCCGCCUCAUUCUCCCUCUUUCCAUCGCCCUGCCCCAUUCUCCCGCUUUCCAUCGCCCCGCCCCAUUCUCCCUCUUUCCAUCACCCAGCCCCAUUCUCCCUCUUUCCAUCACCCCGCCCCAUUCUCCCUCUUUCCAUCACCCCGCCCCAUUCUCCCUCUUUCCAUCACCCCGCCCCGUUCUCCCUCUUUCCAUCACCCCACCCUAUUCUCCCGCUUUCCAUCACCCCGCCCCAUUCUCCCUCUUGCCAUCGCCCCCCCCCCCCCAUUCUCCCUCUUUCCAUCACCCCGCCCCAUUCUCCCGCUUUCCAUCACCCCGCCCCAUUCUCCCUCUUUCCAUCACCCAGCCCCAUUCUCCCUCUUUCCAUCACCCAACCCCAUUCUCCCUCUUUCCAUCACCCCACCCCAUUCUCCCUCUUUCCAUCACACCGCCCCAUUCUCCCUCUUUCCAUCACCCCGCCCCAUUCUCCCUCAUUCCAUCACCCCGCCCCGUUCUCUCGCUUUCCAUCGCCCCGUCCAAUUCUCCCUCUUUCUAUUGCCCCGACCCAUUCUCCCGCUUUCCAUCACCCCGCCCCAUUCUCUAUCUUUCCAUCACCCCGCCCCAUUCUCCCUCUUUCCAUUACCCCGCCCCGUUCUCCCACUUUCCAUCACCCCGCCCCAUUCUCCCGCUUUCCAUCACCCCGCCCCAUUCUCCCUCUUUCCAUCACCCAGCCCCAUUCCCCUUCGUUCAAACACCCCGCCCCAUUAUCCCGCUUUCCAUCACCCAUCCACAUUCUCCGUCUUUCCAUUACCCAGCCCCAUUCUCCCUCUUCCCAUCACCCAGCCCCAUUCUCCCUCUUUCCAUCACCCCACCCCAUUCUCCCUCUUUCCAUCACCCAGCCCCAUUCUCCUGCUUCCCAUCACCCCGCCCCGUUCUCCCUCAUUCCAUUACCCCGCCCCGUUCUCCCGCUUUCCAUCUCCCCGCCCCAUUCUCCCGCUUUCCAUCACCCCACCCCAUUCUCCCUCUUUCCAUCACCCAGCCCCAUUCUCCCGCUUUCCAUCACCCCGCCCCAUUCUCCCGCUUUCCAUCACCAUGUCCCAUUCUCCAGCUUUCCAUCACCCCGCCCCAUUCUUCUGCUUUCCAUCACCCCGCCCCAUUCUCCCACUUUCCAUCACCUCGCCCCAUUCUCCCGCUUUCCAUCACCCCGCCUAA